AUGGAUAACAUAUGGCGCAUUCAGCAAUCAAUAUCUAGUAAGAAUAUCUAUCUAUCUAUCUAUCUAUCUAUCUAUCUAUCUAUCUAUCUAUCUAUCUAUCAAUUUCCGUCAGAUGUCUAUCUAUCUAUCUAUCUAUCUAUCUAUCUAUCUAUCUCAUUUGUUCAUAUCUAUCUAUCCAUCUCAAUUUGUUCACAUCUAUCUAUCUAUCUAUCUAUCUAUCUAUCUAUCUAUCUAUCUAUAUGCAACUCUGAGAUCUAUCUAUCUAUCUAUCUAUCUAUCUAUCUAUCUAUCUAUCACUGUUUCCCUCUAUCCAAAUUUUCUCUUAUCUAUCUUUGCAUCUAUUUAUCACAGUUUUCUACUCGUCUCUUUCUGCCAGUUUUCAUCUAUCUGCUUAUCCCUACUUUUAUAUAUCGGAGCUUGCUCUUAUUUAUGUAUGCACCCAAUCUGCAUCGGUCUUUUCUUACCUAUGUGUCUAUCUACAACUAUGUUGUUACCAUUCAUCAUAAUCACAUCUCUCUCUCUCUCUCUCUCUCUCUCUCUCUCUCUCUCUCUCUCUCUCUCUUACCCUUAUUUCUCGUCUGUUACCCCUCUCUUUAG